CAUGAAUGUCCUGUUCAUAGUUGUGGAUGAUCUGCGUCCUGUUUUGGGCUGUUAUGGAGAUAAGCUUGUGAAAUCUCCCAACAUUGAUCAACUUGCUUCUCAAAGUGUUGUGUUCAGCAAUGCGUAUGCCCAGCAAGCCCUGUGUGCUCCCAGUAGAGUGUCGUUUCUCACCAGCCGCAGACCUGACACCACUCGGCUGUACGAUUUCUACUCCUACUGGAGAGUGCAUGCAGGGAAUUAUUCCACAAUGCCCCAGUAUUUCAAGGAAAAUGGCUACGUGACCCUGUCUGUGGGGAAAGUUUUUCAUCCUGGGGUUUCAUCCAAUUACAGUGAUGACUAUCCAUACAGUUGGUCCAUUCCACCCUUUCAUCCUUCAACCGAAAAGUAUGAAAAUGAUAAGACUUGCAGGGGAAAAGAUGGAAAACUUUAUGCAAACUUGGUAUGCCCUGUGGAUGUGGCAGAAAUGCCCAGAGGUACUCUGCCUGAUAUUCAGAGUACUGAAGAGGCCAUACGCUUACUGAACGUUAUGAAAACCAAUAAGCAAAAAUUGUUUCUGGCUGUUGGUUACCACAAGCCACAUGUCCCACUGAGGUACCCACAGGAAUUUCUCAAGUUGUACCCCUUGGAAAACAUCACAUUAGCUCCAGAUCCCUGGGUGCCUGAGAAACUACCUUCUGUGGCAUACAACCCCUGGACGGAUAUCAGACAGAGGGAUGAUGUGAAAGCAUUAAAUGUUAGUUUCCCUUAUGGACCUCUUCCAGAUGACUUCCAGCGGCAGAUUCGUCAGAGUUACUAUGCAGCAGUGUCUUACAUGGAUGUGCAAGUUGGCCUGCUCCUGAAUGCUUUGGAUAAUGUAGGACUCUCAAACAACACAAUAGUAGUUUUUACUGCUGAUCAUGGGUGGUCCCUUGGAGAACAUGGUGAAUGGGCAAAAUACAGCAAUUUUGAUGUUGCUACCCGUGUGCCACUGAUGUUUUAUGUACCAGGAAUGACAACUUCCUCUGUCAGUCAAGGAGCAAGGGUCUUCCCCUACCUUGACCCUUUUAGCCACGUUGUAGGUUCGGUACCUCAAGGGCAAAGCAAAAAAGUGGUGGAGCUGGUGUCUCUGUUUCCCACACUUGCAGAACUUGCUGGCCUGCAGGUUCCUCCUGCAUGCCCAAAGGUGUCGUUCCAUGUUGCACUGUGCACUGAGGGGACAAGCAUUGUCCGCUAUUUUAAUGCCUCUGAAGAGGAGGAGGGGUGUGAUGAUGCUGACAGGUGUUUUAAUGAAGAGCUUGUUGCUUUCACCCAAUAUCCUCGGCCUGCAGACACUCCCCAGUGGAACUCUGACAAGCCAAGGCUGAAAGACAUCAGAAUCAUGGGCUAUUCUAUGCGUACCAUUGACUACAGGUAUACUGUAUGGGUUCAGUUUAAUCCUAACAACUUCAGUGCUAACUUUGAGGAUGUCCAUGCAGGAGAGCUGUACAUGGUGGAAACUGACCCAAACCAGGAUUAUAACAUGUAUAACAAUACCUCGCAUGGUUUGUUAAAAAAAAUUCUUGGCUUUCUCAAGCACUAGAGUUCAGAAAC